AUGUGUUGCGAGGUAAUCGAUCUCGAAGCUAUAGAUGACGUAGAGGACUACGAGCUAUUCGAUCUUGACGACACUUUUCGCCAUUUCAACGAAGUAUGCUUCGACCAGACGCUCGAGGCAGUAUGCGUGUCCUGGAGCAAAAGGCUCACUCUGACCGCUGGCAAUUGCCGAUUUAAGGUAGUCCCUAAUGACGGAGCGUAUAUAUGGUUGAAGCGGGGGCAAUACUGCGAAAUUAGGCUCAGCGAACCCUUACUUAAGUACCGUUCAGCCAAGGAGUGCAAGGAAACGUUGCUGCAUGAGAUGAUCCAUGCCCAUCUCUACCUCACGAAAGAUUACCGAGACGUAAGAGCGCAUGGCAAGGAGUUCUUGUGGCACAUGCAGAGGGUGAACGAGAUCACCGGGCUCAACGUCACUGUCUAUCAUGAGUUCGACGAUGAAGUGGAGUACCACCGGAAGCAUGUCUGGAGGUGUUCGGUGAGGCCGUUAUACGAAAUCACUCACAGCAUGCAGGGGCUCUGUAGGCAGCAGCCGCCGUAUUUCGGCUACCUGAGACGAGCUCGAAACGUGCCUCCAGGACCAAGGGAAAGGUGGUGUAUGUCGUAA